ACCCUGCCCAUUCCAAACUGUGGUAGUGUUGAAUAUGGAGGAAAUACGAAAUCAGGAACCACAUCGCCAUGAAGAAGAAGAAGAUGAUGAUGACACCAUUAGCUUGGAUGAAGCCUUUUUCAUCAAUGACAACUACCAGCUGACGAAUUUUACAUUUGGGUCUCAAGAACUUCAACUCUUCUCUCUUCAUGCCGCUUCGACCGAUUUUGAUUUGACAGGGCAGGUGGUGUGGCCCGGAGCCAUUCUGCUAAAUGAUUAUCUUUCAAAAAAUACUGAGAUCCUUCAGGGUUGCACUGCCAUUGAAUUAGGUUCUGGUGUUGGUGUUACUGGCAUACUUUGCAGUAGAUUCUGCCAGAAAGUUGUGUUAACGGAUCAUAAUGAAGAAGUGCUCAAGAUCCUGAAGAAAAAUAUAGAGCUGCAUUCAAUUCCUGAGAAUAAUUGUCCUACUUCUCAUGGAUUAAGUGCUGAGAAACUAGAAUGGGGCAACUCCGACCAUGUCAACCGAAUUUUACAGAAUCAUCCUGGAGGAUUCGACUUCAUUCUUGGAGCUGACAUAUGCUUUCAACAGUCAAGCAUUCCUCUGCUUUUUGAUACCGUUAAGGUGCUGCUGCUGAUAAAAGAGGACAGAAAAUGCAAAUUCAUACUAGCAUAUGUAUCACGAGCAAAAACCAUCGACUUAAUGGUCACUAAUGAAGCUUCUAAGCACGGAUUACAGAUGAAAGAGUUGCCUGGGACUAGGCGUAUUGUUGGGAAUCUCGAGGGAGUCAUCUUUGAGAUUACUCUAAACUAGUACUGUUAAAAUAUCUCAUCAGACAAAUAUGGUUUUUUCUGUUCUGUGAAAUUCCUUAACAGAUUUUGAUGUUGAUGAACUUAUUUAAGUAGCUAAUAAUAUAUUAAAUUGUGACGAAGUGUUUA